AUGAACGCACAUAUGAAUACUUUCGCUGCAGACGCUCCCAUCAGAUUUAAUCACAAGAUAAAUCUGAUCGCUGGAAGAGACAGACUCCUUGUGGAAUCGUUGAUCCACCGACACCCCUCAUAUGCUGGUCAUGGGCAAUCGGGUGCUGCCUGGGAUGAAAUCCUCAAAAAGGUCAAUGAUGCCGGAGCAGAGACACAAGAAUCUGGUCAAGCAGUUCAAAGCAAGACAGGCCCAAGAAAAAAAAUGACAGGGUCAAACGAGAGCUACUCUGAUCUCGAUCAGCUUCUCUUUCAGCUUGUUGAAUUGGAGGCUGAAGGAGAUCGGGGCAAGGCCAUGAAAAAGCAAUUGACUUCCGAGGAAGAAGUCCAGAAGCAGGCAGCUGCAGAUAAAGUCACAGAUAAAGUAGAGGGCAGUUCUUCUGGACAUCUAGUCAGUCAAUCGACGGCCGACUUUUCUGAUGCCAGAGAAAUGUUGAAGUCCUUUCGGGAUGAAUUGUCCAGUAUGGUGGCUGGAAUAAGUGAUGGUGAGGUACUUACCUCAAUGCGCAGGUUGGAGGAGAAUGUCGAAAGAGGAUUUCUGGCUAUCGAGACAAGGCAGAGAACACUGGAGCAGAGACAGGCUCGUUUCGAGUACAAUAUGCAGAGAUACCUGCUUUAA